ACCAAGAGACGAAGAAGUAUCCAGUGUACUAAAUGCGGCGGGAAGUUCGGUGAAAGUUGUUUAUGCAACCUUCGUGUAUGAGAUCGGAAUAAGAUACAUUAGUGAGUUGCAUAACUUUAUUAGCGCAAGAACAUAGGCAUACCUUUAGAGGCUGGACCAGGCCAGACAUGAGUAGCACACACCUGGACGAGUGGCAGAGAAGGUCAUUUAAUAUUUCGUCUAGCACAUAUACACUUGAACAGACGGCUGAUGCUUAUCGGGCACACAUUCUGUCCAUUCAGCAUGCAUGGGAGAGUGCUGAGCUCUCUCCGAUCGGAGCCGCCAGCCUGCUGAGGACAUACACUGAACACUAUGCUGCUGUGCUGGACUCAGACGACCAGCACGCAGGGCUGAACAACUACGCUGACAGCAUACUGCACCUGGCCCGUCACCAGAGAAAUCACAGCGACAAAUGGGAGUCGUCCCUAACGACUGAAAAUGUGUUCAGCCUUCCAUGCGUGCAGAGCAUGUUGCAGGCUGGAGAUGACAAGCUCCCUAUGGAUACCACAGAUGCUGACAUCACGGUUGGUGAAGAGGUCAGCAGCAGUUGGAGCAAAGGUAAUGCUGAGUUUGGUUCUGGCGAUGGUGUUAUUUCAGAGCUGCCUCCUUCCUGUCCUACACCAGUUCCGAAUGCUGAAGUGGACAGUGGGAUUAGUAACUUUGGAAAUUGUGCUGCAGAGAGGGCCAGAGGCAGGGAGGGAGCACCCACAGGCUUUCCUUCAACCUGUAAUAUGCCAAGAGGCCAUGCAGGGAUCACACCACUCUUUGGUCAGAGCUUGUAUAAUCCCCCCAUUAACUCUGGAUCUUGUCCACAGUCCAGUGUUGGUAACACAAAAGCAUCCAAUACAAACAAUCACCAGUCUGUCUUUUUCUCCUCCACAAAUCCCUCCAAGAGGAAGAACUUCUACAGUUCAGGAACUGAAAGUAACAGAAGCUCAUUCCCACUAUGUGGAGGGCAUGAACUUGAAGGUAGUGGACGAAGAAAGGAGGAGAUUCCUGGCACUAACUUUAAAACAGCUCGAGAGCAACUUAUUGUUGACCAGCAGAAAAAACAUUCUCAUCAGGGACAGCGUGGCUUAUCAGUUAAUAUGGGCACAGUCACCAAAAAAUGUCUAGGGGCAAACCGGCCACGGGGGGCCUUCUCCAAAUUUAUCUCACCAGUGCCAAAACAAGAGGAGGAAGGCAGUGCUAGGGAUAAUGCAUCGCAAGACACACAAGUUAUUGAUGAACGGCUGAAGAACUUUGAACCAAAGAUAAUUGAACUAAUUAUGAGUGAAAUUAUGGAUCACGGCCCACCUGUGGCUUGGGAUGACAUUGCUGGCCUUGAGUUCGCCAAAGCCACCAUAAAAGAGAUUGUGGUGUGGCCCAUGCUGAGGCCUGACAUUUUCACUGGUCUCAGAGGUCCACCUAAGGGCAUCCUCCUGUUUGGCCCUCCAGGCACUGGGAAAACACUCAUAGGGAAGUGCAUAGCCAGCCAGUCUGGAGCCACAUUCUUCAGCAUCAGUGCUUCCUCACUCACCUCUAAGUGGGUGGGAGAGGGAGAGAAGAUGGUGAGGGCGCUGUUUGCCAUUGCUCGAUGCCACCAACCAGCAGUUAUUUUUAUAGAUGAGAUUGAUUCCCUGCUUUCUCAGCGCAUAGACGGAGAACAUGAUUCAUCUCGCCGGAUUAAGACUGAGUUCCUGGUCCAGCUAGAUGGAGCUGCCACUUCCUCUGAGGAGCGUAUCUUGGUGGUGGGAGCCACUAAUCGACCACAAGAGAUUGACGAAGCUGCCCGCCGUCGCCUUGCCAAAAGGCUCUACAUCCCCCUUCCAGAGGCUGCCGCUCGCCGACAGAUAGUGACUAACCUCAUGUUAAAAGAGAAGAGCCAGUUAGGAGUAGAGGAGCUUGAGAAUGUGGUGGUAGGCACAGAGGGGUUUUCGGGGGCUGAUAUGACACAACUUUGCCGUGAGGCGGCGCUUGGUCCAAUCCGCAGCAUCCAGCUCAGUGACAUCGCCACUAUCACACCUGAGCAGGUGAGGCCUAUACGUCACUAUGACUUCCAGGAAGGUCUCAAGACUGUGCGCCCCAGUGUGUCUCCCAAAGAUCUACAGCUCUAUGAAGAGUGGAACAGGACUUUUGGAUGUGGUCGAUAAUCACUCAAGCUUAUUUUGAAAGGAAAAAAAUGAAUUGAGAAAUUAAAAAUGUUUGUAAUUUGUUUCCACUUUAGCAAUCUAAAGUUAAAAUAAACCUAUUUUUAAAAUCUGAUUUUAAAAAUCUUUUGGAAAUAUGGAGGUCUUUGUCCUUUCUGAACUCACACUGUCAUUUGUAUGUGCUGUAACAUCUUAAAUAAAGAAAUGUUUCUUUAGAUAUGGCUUUUUCUGCCUCUUUUAGUUUGAUUUUUUUCACUUGGCUUUUGUUUAUUUGUGGUGUUCGGACUUGGAUCAUUCUGUGUUUUGAGUAAACAAUUUCUUCCUUAUCCACAAAAAUAUGUGGAUGUCUGAGUGUAAUGUGCAUAUGUAAGAGUAGUAUAAUUAGAUUUUUACUUGGAUGCCUUAUAUCUUUUAUUUUUAAGGCUGCUCUGUUCUGAGUGACAGUACUAUUUGUUUCUUCCACUCUGGAUUUAAUUGAUUGGUUUUACUAUAGACCUUAUUGUUGCUGUUUUGUACUUCUAGAAGUACAGAUGUUAUUCUUUUGGACAAGACUGAACAAGUGAUGAGUGCAAGGUAACAGAAUGCUCAAUGUAUUAGCACCAUUUUGUAGCUUAAUAUCAAUGGUGCAAGUUAUGUAUGGACAGCACAAACUUAAGAGUUUGGCUCCAAGAUGAUGUAAUGUGUGUCUUGGUGCAUCACAGAUUAGUUAUAUCCUUUGAGAUGCAUUUCAAAACAGAUUUAUGCUUAUGAAAGGUGACUGAGAAAUACUCCAAAUGUUAUAUGGAUGUUAAUUAUUCCUUGUAUGACACUAUAAACAUAAACUGGAGCUGCACCUUUGUGAAUGUAUCAGUUCUAUAUAAUUUGGGACUCUGUAUAUACUAGAAUUUAUCUUUGGUUCUUCUAGAACAGCACUGCUUAAGACUCAGUAGCUCUGCUUUAAAAUGGGGACUUGGGAAGCAACCAAUUCAUUUAUAUAGCCAAAUCUGUAAAAGUGGCAUGCUUCUAAAGUUUACUUUCCUUUAAAAUGAAGUGGAGCAGCAACAUUUUCCUGCUGAAUUACUGAGGAAAUGUGCCAAGUCUAUAAUAAAAGGGAACACUGGGCACCCUGUCACUUGUUUUCUUUUGGGUGUAUUAUCCAAAGGAGAACUGUCAUUGAGCAUAUCGACCAUUUCACCUCAUAUGUUCACUGGUGUUUUGCUGGUUUUCAUAUUUUUGUUGGUCCUCUGCAGCUCAGUGCUAGCUCCACUGUUUUGGUCUAUCUUUGUAAAUGGAUCUAGCAGGGGAAGUUGGGCAAUGUUGCAGGCAUUCUGGUCUCAUGAUAAGAGUUACCCACAGGCUAAGUCUUGCAUGUCUUUUCCUGUUGUUACUAUUGCCAUGUGGUAUGGGGCAGCAUUUGGCAAAUCAGAGAAAAAUUAUUUUAUACCUUGUAUGUGGUUGAUUAAAUUUACCCAAUGACCUGUCAUUCUUUUAGUGAACGUUAUUGUUUACCAUCUUAAAUUA